UUACGGUCUUGCCCGUACAACAGCAACAACAAUAAAGAGACAGACAAAAUACACGAAACAGUUGGUCUAUCUGGAUAUCAGAUGACAAAGGACACUCAUCCCUGGGAGAUGGAAAAGCAACGAGGUAAGCCUUCUGAUUGCCCAGUUUAUUGCCUUUGAGAGGGUUUCCAGUUUCCAGUAGAGGAAGGAGGAGCUGAGGUGGAGUCCAGCAGACUUCCUGAGCCAAGGACGGAGCUGAGAAUCUGGGGAGAGCAAAGCAGCUGUAGUUCAUAGGACAGACCAGCAGAGAGGAGAGGUCUGCAGAGGGCCUCCCAGGAGGACUCAAGAGCACAGAGCAGCACAUGUGUGAGGAAACUCCCCAAGGACAGGGAAGGAAUCCUCUAAAGGGUUGGAGGGAAUAGUCCUGAUAUUUGCAUGGGGAAUACUGUUCCUAUGGGCUGGGCUGGAAAACUCCUGCAAUUCCUGGAGCAUUAGGAAUGGAGCUAUUUAUGUAAAGCACUGAAAGGAAAAAUAACUCUACUUAGAAUUCUGUAUUCAGCAAAAAUACAUUCCAACCACAAAGACAAGACCGCCAACAGAAUGGGAGAAAGUAUUUGGAAAUUAUACAUCUGAUAAGGGUUUAAUAUACACAGAAUACGUAAACAUAUUUGUGUAUGUAUACAUGCUCAUAUGUAGAAUGUACAAAGAACUACAACUCAAUAACAAAAACACAAACUUAACUAAUUUAAAAAUGGGCAAAGGACUUGAAAAGACACUUGUCUGAUGGCCACUAAGUACGUGAAAAUAAUGCAUAUCAAAACUACAAUGAAAGGUCACUUCAAACCAACUAGGAUUGCUGUAAUAAUCUAAAAAAUGGAAUAACAAGUUUUGGCAAGCAUGUGGGGAAACUGGAACCUUGGAUGUUGCUGGUGUGACUGAAAGGACGCUACUACUGUGGAAAAGUUUUGUGGGUCCUCAGGGAGCUCAGCACACAAUUACCAUAUGACCCAACAAUUCUGCUCCUAGGUACAGACCCGAAGGGAUUGAAAGCAGGGACUCAAGCAGGUACUUGUACACCAGUGUUCACAGCAGCACCAUUCACAAGACCCACUAGAUGGAAACAACCCAAGGGUCCAUCAACAGACGAUGGGGUAAACAACAUGGUCUGUCCAUACACUGGAAUAUUACCUGGCCAUUAUAAGGAGUGAAGGUCUGAUUCAUGCCACAGCAUGGAUGAACCUUGAAGACAUUAUGCUGAGUCAAGUAAGCUAGACACAAAAGGACAGAUAUUGUAUGAAUCUAUUUAUAUGAUUAUCUAGAAUUGGUAAAUUCAGAGAGACAGUAGGUUAUCAGAGUCUGAGGAAUAGGGAGUUUGCUUAAUGUUUCAGAGUUUCCAUUGGGUGAUUAGAAAGUUUAGAAUUCUUAGUGAGGGUUGUACAAUAUUGUGAAUGUAAUGAAUGCCACUGAAUUGUACACUUAGCAAUAAUAAGCAAAUUUUGUUAAUUUUUUUACUAGAAUUUUAAAGAUGAAUAAUGUAAUUACCAAAAACCAUUGUGAUUGUGUACUUUGAGUGGAUGAAUUGUAUGGUAUGUGAAUUAUGUCUCAGUAAAGCUGUUUUGAAAAAAAAAAGCAAAAUGAAGACAUUCUCAGAUUUAAAAAGCUGAAAGAAUUUAUUACCAGCAGACCCACAUUGCAGGAAAUGUUAAAAGAUGUCCUUCAGGGAGAAAGGAAAUGAAACCAAAUGGAAAUCUGGAUCUACUGGAAAGAAUGAAAAGCACUGGCAAUGGUAACUACGUAGGUAAAUAUAUAAUAUUUUUUCCUUAUUGUUUAAGUGACUUUAAAAGAUAAUUGACCGUGUAUUAGAUUUCUAGUGCUGUGUAACAGAUUAUCUCAGACGUGGUAGCUUCAAACAGCACCCAUGUACUAGCUCACAGUUCUGUAGGUGGAAGUCUGACACACUCUGGCUGGGUUUUCUGCUCCGGUAUCCCAACAGCUGCUGUCAAGGUGUUGGCUGGCCUGGGUUCUCAUUUGGAGGCUCUGAUUGUCGGCAGAACGCGGUUCCUUGUGACUGUACGCUGUCCUAGGACUGGCUGUCAGCUGGGUGCUGCUCGUAGCUCCCCGAGGCCGCCCACACUCCUUGCUGUGUGGCAGCCUCCACCUGCAGGCCAGUAGUGGCCCAUCCCAGUGUUCUUGUGCUUCCAAUCUCUGACUUCCCUCCUGUGAUCAGCUGGAGAAAACACUUGUUUUCUUAUCUGUAAAGUAAGGAUAUUAGAUCGAGGCGGGUUUGGUUUUUGGUUUGUUUUUCUCAAAAAAGAGAAUUUGUAGCAGUAGAACCAUAUAAAUUGCAAAUGAAAUUUUGCGUGGAACUCUAGAGACUAAGGGGAAAAACUCCAAUCGACAUAGCUCUUUUCUUCCUGCUCCUGGGAAUUUCAGCACUGUAGAUGUGUUUUUGGACUAUCUCUGAUGUUCCUCUUUGUGUGGUGGGUGUUUGCAUUAUACUCAGCCAAGUAUGAGGGAGUCUAGGUUGAUGGUUUAUGAAACCUCCCCAUGAUAGCAAACCUUCCUCAUGUUUCUUUCUUUUUUCUAUCUUCUCCUCCUCAGGAUCUUCAUUACAGAAAAAAGCAUCAUCAAGAACAAGGAGGGCAUGGAGACCAAGUUGUUAACGGCCCGGUCCCAUGCACUGGUGACCUUCAAGGAUGUACUUGUGAACUUCACCAGGGAGGAGUGGAAGCUGCUGGAUACUGCUCAGCAGAUCAUGUACAAAGAUGUGAUGCUGGAGAACUAUAAGAACCUGGUUUCCUUGGGGCAUCAGCUUCCCAAACCAGAUGUGAUCCUCCAGUUGGAGAAAGGGGAAGAGCCGUGGCUGGUGGAGAGAGGGACUCACCGGGAGACCCACCCAGAUUUGGACACUGCGGUUGAAAUUAAAUCAUCAGUGUCCAGUAAGAGCAUUUCUAAAGAUAAACAAUCCUAUGGCAUUAAAAUGGAAGGAAUCCCAAAGAACGAUCUCUGGUAUUUGUCAUUAGAAGAAGUCUGGAAGUGUGAAGACCAGUUGGACAAGUAUCAGGAAAAUCAGGAGAGACAUUUGAGGCAAGUGGCAUUCACCCAAAAGAAAGCACUUAAUCAGGAGAGAGUCUGUGAAAACAGUAAAUAUGGGGGAAAUUGUCUUCUUCCUGCUCAACUAGUGCUGAGGGAGUAUUUCCACAAACAUGACUCACAUACUAAAAGUUUAAAACAUAAUUUAGUUUUUAGUGGUCAUCAGGAAAGCUAUGCAAGUAAUAGUAGUGAAUGUGGUCAAACCUUCUGUCAAAAUAUUCAUCUUAUUCAGUUUGCAAGAACUCAACCAGGAGAUAAGUCUUACAAAUGCUCCGAUACUGUCAACUCUCUUACCGGUGGUACAUCCCUUGGUGUAUCGAAGGGCAUACAUAGGGAGAAACCAUAUGAAUGUAAGGAGUGUGGAAAAUUCUUUAGCUGGCGUUCUAAUCUUACCAGGCACCGGCUUAUUCAUACUGGAGAAAAACCCUAUGAAUGUAAAGAGUGUGGAAAGUCUUUCAGCCGGAGUUCUCACCUCAUUGGACAUCAGAAGACUCACACUGGUGAGGAACCCUAUGAAUGUAAAGAGUGUGGAAAGUCCUUCAGCUGGUUCUCUCACCUUGUGACCCACCAGAGAACUCACACAGGAGACAAACUGUACACGUGCAGCCAGUGUGGGAAGUCAUUUGUUCACAGCUCCAGGCUCAUUAGGCACCAGAGAACUCAUACUGGAGAGAAACCUUAUGAAUGUCCUGAGUGUGGGAAGUCUUUCAGGCAGAGCACACAUCUCAUUCUGCAUCAGAGAACUCAUGUCAGAGUGAGGCCCUACGAAUGUAACGAGUGUGGGAAGUCAUAUAGCCAGAGGUCUCACCUUGUGGUGCACCACAGGACUCACACGGGACUGAAGCCCUUUGAGUGUAAAGACUGUGGAAAAUGCUUCAGUAGAAGCUCUCACCUUUUCUCCCAUCAGAGGACGCACACUGGAGAGAAACCAUAUGAAUGCCACGACUGUGGGAAGUCCUUCAGCCAGAGUUCUGCCCUCAUCGUGCAUCAGAGAAUUCAUACUGGAGAGAAGCCAUAUGAAUGCUGCCAGUGUGGGAAAGCCUUCAUUCGGAAGAACGACCUUAUUAAGCAUCAGAGGGUUCAUGUUGGGGAAGAGACCUAUAAAUGUAAUCAGUGUGGGAUUAUCUUCAGCCAGAACUCUCCGUUGAUAGUACAUCAAAUAGCCCACACUGGAGAGCAGUUCUUAACUUGUAACCAAUGUGGGACAGCGCUUGUUAAUAGCCCUAACCUUAUUCGAUAUCAGACAAAUCAUAUUAGAGAGAAUACUUAUUAA